AUGUCUUCGGUAGGUAAAAAGAAAGUGCAUCGAUGCCUGUGCUUCUGCUGCGUGAGAAGAAAAUCGAAGGGUGAAGAGUUCGCGCUGGACUGUUUGAAAGGGGAAUUUAUCGAAUAUGAAUACGUUAUAGACAAUUUACGCGUUAAGCCGGUUCCUAAAAAACUACUGGAUUUGGCUCCGGUGCACUCUACGAACAUUUCAACCAAAUCUGUGCUGAAAAUGUCACACGUCGAAAAUAAUAAAGCGAACGGUAACAAUCGGAACGAUAACUUAACGGGACAAGGAGAUUUUGAAAAUAACGGUCUUAAGGUGUUGCCAGACGAGUACGAGCCGUCUGGUCAUUGCAGUACUGUUUCUCCAAACAGCGACGGCAAGUACGAAUCUUUUAGUAAACCCUGCGGAUCCUGUCGACGAGAUGUUCCUGAAAAUGUCGAGCCACCGGGUUACAAAGACGUUAAACAUAUAAUUGAUGGCAGGAACUUUGCUUUUCAGAUUCAAAAAUCGCCGAGAGAGAUUGUAACCCGGUCGAAUCAAAACCAAGAUCUUCCAGCCGAGCUUAAAGCGAUUGCUAGAUUUAAUAAACCUUUACCGGAGUACCACACAAGGACCGAAAAAUCGUUUAAGCCGGCUAAGCAGGAAUUAGAAGUCUAUUGUAUUCCGGGUAGAAAACAACUAGAAAGUGUAACUGAAUUAACAAAAUCGGCUAACGAUAAAAGCAUUGAAACUGAGGAGACGCACGGGUCUUUAAUAAAUGAGAAAAAUGAUUCAACGGUCCAAACAGACGCAACGGAAAUCGUCGAACCUUGCCAAAGGAAAAAACAGCUAAAAAAAUGUUUAAAAUGGAAAAUUGUUAUAAGCAAGCAUGGGAAGAAAAAAUAAAACAUUAGGCAAUUUUCAAAAAUAUAUUUAGG